CAGUAUUUCAUUUGAUGUAGAUCAAAUAUUCGCGUCUGGAAUCGUUAUUGUCUGGCGAAAUCAAAAUUCACAAUCUAUUUUUCGAAAUUUUACUGUACCACAAAAAGUUUGAGGUGUUCCACUCUGCUAACAUGAUUUUGCUUACUGUUGGCUGAGAUGUUGUGGUGGUUAAUUAAAUUCAAUUCAAACAUCGGAAAAAGUGACCUAUCAUGUGACGAAGCAGCUUGAUGACUAUUUGCGUGUUGAUAAGAAAUUUCAGAUAUAUGUAGCCGAUAACCAGACUGAAUGGCUUGCUUUACUUGGCUUCCAAACGAGAUCCUUGAGCACAUUUUCCAAUAUUUGGAUUUUAAGAAUCGCAGAAAUCUCUCUCUGGUAUGCAAUCGGUGGAAUGAAGUGCUUUUAUCGGAAAGAUAUCUACGAAAACAUGUCAUCUUGCACAUCGAGGGAUGCAGAUUAUUGGAUGGGAAGACGUAUUUCCGAAGAAAUUAUGAAGCGUUAUCAAUUAAGUUGGAGAACCAGUAUAGCAGCGAGAUGACUAAAAACCUCAGGCUAGUUAAUUCGGUUUGUCCAAAUCCCGCGCAUUUGAGAAUAGACAAUUUGAGUUCAGAUCAACGUUUCGCGUUGAUAUUUAGUAAUACUUUCUUCAGUUUUGAAAACGUAGAACAGUUACAUCUCAUCGGAACUUGUAAGACGGAAAAGGGUUAUUUAUGUACAUCGUUUGAUAAUUUAAAAGUUCUGAAAAUAGAAACAAGUUAUGUGGAAUAUUUUAGAUUGAUCGCACCGCAAUUGACUGAGUUAUAUUUAUAUGUUUGCUCCGAAGAUCAUAUGGAUUUACUUCCUCAAUUCGCCGAUCAACUGCUUAAGCUCACACUUGUAUUCGAUAACAAAGACAUUUACUAUUUCUUCAAUUUAAAUUUUCCACAAAUUCGGGAGCUUUCCAUAGAUAGACGAUUGAAAGGGAUGACUAAAAGUGAACAAGAUAUCAGUAUUAUGUUCUUCAGAAGGCUCAAGCAGCUACGAAAAUUGCAUCUAACGGUUAAGUUUAUCGACAGCUAUGUGAUGCAAAUGAUUUCGACGAGCCUAUCAAAUCUCACCGAGUUAACCUUGUUAGUAAGUGAAGGAACAAUCGAGCUUUCGAAUAUAAGUAAGCUCAUCAAGUUGGAAAAGUUGAAAAUCGAAGCAGAGAAAUUCAACCUCUUGAAUGCCAAAUUCCCACAUUUGAGGCAACUAUCUUUAGGUUCGCCGGAUCUUCGAUCCGGAGCAUAUGUUUACGCUUUUGAAAGUUUAAUGAUCUUUAAUAGCCUGCGAAUGCUUGCUCUACACAACGUAAAGUUCUACCCAGAAGUGCUCAAACUAACGCCGUCUUACAACGUGGAAUACAUGUAUGUCACCAAUUACAAACGAUUGGAAGAGACGCACUUGCAGAUGCUGGUCAGGCGCUUCCCCGCUGUAAAGUGGCUCAGAAUUGCGCACUGUCCAGGCUUUACGAUGCGCGAAGUGGAAAAGCUAAAAAGGAUGAAUCCUAAACUGUGCGUUGCGUUCACCGAAGUGACAAAGGGACGACUGUGAUAGUAUAAAAUACAAAUCUGUAAUAAUCUGUCUGUGGUAGAUGUGUGUGGAAAAGAUUUCAUUUAAUGUAAAGUAAUAGGUUAAUAAUAGUAUAAAUUGUUGUAAUGCCACUUG